UGGUUAUGUUAUAGAGAAAUCAAUUUGAAAAUAAUAUGGCCUCUAGAAGUCUUACUGACAUAUUUUUGUUAAUGCGGACAAAUUCCAUCCAGAGUAGGGGAAUAUAUUCAUUUCAAGGAUCUAAACAUAAUGAUUAUGAUACAGACAGCGAUGAAGGUAUGAAUGACAAAGCAGCAUUAAUGGAAGCUGGUCGUUCUAUGGUUAAAACAAAUUCUAUUGAAAUGCGUUCUCAGGAAAAAUCUCCACCAACGUGGACUGGAUUACUUGAAGAUGCUCAAUAUUCUAUUACCAGGUUACAGAACAAAUUAAAAGAAUUACAAUCAUUACAAGAUGCACAGGUAUUAAGGCCUACCCUUGACGAUUCUAGUUUACAAGAGAAACACAUCCAAGAUCUCACAUUAGAUAUUACAAGAAUAUUUGGUUCAACAAAAAAAAUAAUUCAACAAAUCCGAUUACAUUCAAGUGGAUUAUCUGGCAACAAAGAAUCCCAACUUUCAUACAAUGUGUCAUCUGCUUUAGUGUCAUCAUUACAAAAUUUAUUCAACGAAUUUCGAAACUCGCAACAAAUUUAUCUUAACAAAAUCAAACAUAGAGAAGCUAUGUCAUCACAAAUGUGUUUUGAAACAGAAGAAAACACUUCAAAUUCUGAUUUACUAGAUAUGUUUAGUAAUGGUUCAUCUAAUUCUUUUGGACAACAGUUACAGAUGCAACAGUCAAAUCAAACACAAACGUUUGCUGCUAUACUUAUUGAAGAAGAAAAUGCCAAAAUGGCAGUUCAAUGGGAACGUGAAGCAAAUCAAAUAUCCAGUUCUGUUCUUGAACUUAAUAAUAUAUUUAAAGACCUUGCACAUAUGGUUGUUCAACAAGGUAGUGUUUUAGAUCGGAUAGACUACAAUAUUGAACAGACUGAAAUCAGAGUUAAAAAAGGUGCAGCAGAGUUAAUUAAAGCAGAAAAAUAUCAUCGAAGCAAUAGAAAAAUGAAGUGUAUUUUGAUUCUAGCUCCUAUUUCUAUUAUGUUGUUAAUUCUUUUGGAUAUAACAAAAUUUUAAGGUACAUGAACCAUGAACGGAUAAUCGAUGAUGUAUUUUCUCGUGCUACAAUCCUUGAGUCCUUGAUAUUAUCCGUUGAAUGACAUUAUCGUGACUACCGCGGGUAAACUUUAAUUACGUAAUUAAUCCAUACUUAUAUAAGCGAAUGUAACUUGAAAACGGGGUCAAAGGAAUCUCUUUUUUCUAACGACUAAAAUUGUAUAUAUUGUUAUUUUGUUAUAUCUUCCCAAAUAUUCAACAUCACGGAUCUUCUGCAGAUGCAGAGGCCGAUUAAACGAUAAAUGCCGGGGUUCGGUGGAGGCCACAGAGCUAGGCUCAAAACUAACCGAAGAAACCUAAUAAAAAGAGGAAUAAGCGCACAACGAGUAUGUAACUGAACUAGAGAGCUAUUAUGAAUGGAGUUAUACGCGCUGUUGACAGGGUGGUAGCGGUAGCAUCCUUGACGUCUGUGGCGCUGCAGGAAGAAUCUCCGAACGUGUAUGCCUAGGAUUUCCAGUGAUGGCAGAAAGCCCAGUCUGAGACGACGCCAGUCUGUGUAUAUACAUGCUGAUACAGUAUAUAGGACCAGCAAUGAGUAACCGACAUGACGGCAGCAACGCUUCUGGAAUCGGUUCCGCGGUGAGGUUACAAUCCACGGAAGCUGAAGAGAAAACAGCUGAGUCCAUUAAGGCUGGUUGGAUUAUACAUCUGACCGUGGAGUAAACUACAGCAACCACGGCGGUAUUGACAAAGACGGCGGAGACUCGGUUUUGGGUAAACUUCAAGUUCCAACAGUAUGAUAAUGGUAAUCUCAUCCUAUUAAAGUAAGACUGUAUAAGAAUUCCUUCCUAAGAACCGUAUUCAAUACUAAUUUCGAUCCGGUUUAAAAAAAAAGGUAUGCAACAAUUCCAUCCACGAAUCAUAGACCAUGAUCAAAAAAAAAAUACAAAAUAUUAGUAUAGUUCUAUAGUUUAAACUAAAGGUAGGUACUAGGUACUCAACCUUAUUUUAAUGUCCAUGCCACCUUUUAUAUUAUACCGAAUAAGGAGUAAGGACACACUCCCACCCCUUUAAGGUUGAAUUAUAUUUAGAAUAUAUGAUAUUUAUUAUAUACGUAAUAAAUUGAAUUAAUUCAAUGAAGCUAAUGCAAGGAUAUUGGAUCGAUUUAAAUACAAUUUUUAAUUCUUAAUAAAUUUAUUUUUUUAAAAAUCUAAAAAAACUAUUAUUCAAUUUUAAAGUUUUCAUGUUAAAUUAUGUCUUUUGGGCUUAAAACAUUUUCACGCCUUGCUUGAAAUAUUGUCGCAUGUUCCUAAGGAAGAGCAUGCUCAGGUUGAGAACUACCCUUGGUUCUGGUUUAAUUGAUCAUAAAUGUAAUAAUAAUGGUGUGUAGUAUCAACGGUCGGCCGCUCACUCUAUACAGACGAGCUGCCUUGCCGAGCCGGAGCCAAGUAUAAAAUAACGUACCUAUCCAACGAAUCGAAUAUCGGUGCGGCGGUUCACCGGUUUUUUGCUCCGGAAACUCGCGCACCACUAUUGUUCCUACCGCUACACAUUCACAAGUCGUCGUCGCUAUCAUCGUGCACCAACGAUCACCAAUCACCAUCUACCAUUGCUCAGACAACCCGCCGUCUGUCGCAGUUGGGUGACACCAGCCGGUCUCGGUCGUCUUAUGCCGAAAAUUCACGUUUACCCAAGAUCCGCUGUUUCAUUACACACCACGCCUUGUAAACAUAGGGAUACUAUCUGGUUUUUAUUUCAUUUCUUAUUUUUUUUUUUAUUAAUUUUCGUUGUUGAAACUAUGUUUUAUUGAUUCAUAUAUAGUAUAUCUAUAUUACCUACUUAUUAACCUAUAUUUGUGUUCACAAAAAAAAAUUUUGUUUUUCUUUCACACAUUUAUUUUGUAUUAUGUAUGUAGGUACAUUUGUUUGAGUAGGGUAGUAAUUAAGAGGGAAUGACGAAAAUAUUCUGAAAACCAAUGCCCCAAAUAAUUAUGAUUUUUAUUAUUAAACAAAUAAAAUAAAGUUCGUCUAAAUAUUGUCUCAAAAUAACAGUCUAUCCCUGAUUCACUUUGUUGACCAAUCCCUUAAAAAUCAAUAUCUCUUAUCAGCCU